AUGACAGCAGCCAGGUUACAGCGAUACGCCCUGUUCCUUGCCAGUCAUAUGUAUGACAUUGAGUUUAAGCCGUCAUCCCUCCACACCAAUGCAGAUGGAUUAUCCAGACUGCCAUGUACAAGAGAAAGGCAAAGGAGGGUGGAUGCAGUGGACAUGUUCCAUACCGCUCAGCUCGAGGCCCUACCAGUCACAAGCACAGUUAUCAAACAUGAGACAAGGAAAGAUGUGACCUUGUCAAAAGUGUACACCUACACCAUGUCAGGAUGGCCAGCUACUGGCAGAAAGGAGCGGAUUCCGUAUUUCCAGCGGAGAAACGAAAUUACAACGUACCAAGGAUGUUUGAUGUGGGGAAUGAGAGUCAUGAUACCCCAGAAAUGCCAACAUCUAGUCUUGCAGCAACUACAUGAAGGUCAUGUUGGAAUUGUCAAAAUGAAGCUGCUCGCAAGGAGCCACUUCUGGUGGCCAGGUCUGGACCAACAGAUAGAAAAUAUGGCAAAGAACUGUAGUGGAUGUUUGGAAACACUUCACAUGCCUGCUCCUGUCCCAGUCCACCCAUGGGAAUGGCCCGCAGAGCCACGGCAGAGAAUUCAUGUGGACUACGCUGGUCCCUUUGAAAAGCACAUGUUUCUGGUUAUAGUUUAUGCCCAUUCCAAAUGGCCAGAGGUGUUUUGCACUGACUCCUCCACCUCAGCUCAGACGAUAGAGUGUCUCAGAACAACGUUUGCACGCUUCGGUUUGCCACUGCAGCUGGUAAGUGACAACGCGCAAGCUUUUGUAAGUGACGAGUUUACAAGAUUCAUGUCAGUAAAUGGAAUCAAACACUCAACCUCAGCUCCGUACCACCCUGCCACCAAUAGGCUGGCAGAACGCUUUGUGCAAACCCUAAAGCAAGGACUCCGUGCAGCAAAACGAGACGAAGGGACUUUGCAAACAAAACUGGCCAAGUUCCUGGCCUCCUACCGAAACACCCCACAUGCCACAACAAAUGAAAGCCCAGCAGCACUGAUGUUCGGGAGGCCUCUCCGCACACAGCUGGACAUCAUGAAACCAAACAGGCGUAAUGAAGUGCUGAACAAACAAGCCAAGAUGCUCUCCGGUGGCCGGGAGCGCCAUCUCCAAACAGGACAGGAAGUGAUGGUGCGAGACUACAGAAGAGGGAAAUGGACAAGAGGGACCGUACACACACAAACGGGACCUAGAACUUACCAGGUUCAAAAACCCUCACGCCACCUGGCGGGUCACGGAGGAUUAGCCAAUCAAAAAGGUCAGAGGUACACGGAGCUUCCAGUGGCUUAA